UGCACACAGUGUAUAGAGUCAAACAAGGCAAGGUUGACUGUAUCGCAUGUGAAUUUCCCGGCACAGACAGGAAGCGUCAUGUUUUGCUAAACCACAUUACACCCUGGUGGGACCGAUGUUUCGUAGUGAUUCCCUCUGUGAGUACGGGACAUUGGAGACAACACACAGACAUGUAAAUGUGCAGCACUGUGGUGUCACACGAAUGAGGACCAGGCUUCCUAAACCGGGCCCACCCAUUGGCAUUCAGCGCUUGACUAUAUUGGCUCCAGGGUUGGGGAAUGCAAUGAUCUCUGUGGUACAGAACUGGGUCUGCUGUCAGUCACUAGCUUGCUUUCAGAAGUCCUUCGCUGAGAGAUAGAAUUCACUCACCCCUCGCGUUCUGGCAUCGGCUGAACUUUACCGACAGCUAACGAAAACGUGUGCAUAGUGCCGCGAGAGGUGAACCAUGUCGUUAUGACUUUCGAUUGCUCCGCAAUAGUUUCAAGGGAGGGACUAACCUACUGUCGCUCGCUCCCGUCUGUUACCAGAACUUUGCAGAUGAUGAGAGCUGCUGUAGACCUUGGCUUUACAUCUUCACAACCGCAGGUUGCCGAAAUGAGGCAAUUGUCCAAACUGCCCUGCAAUCUGGAUUUUUUUCUCAAACCAAGCAAUCCCUUUGGUCAACACUGACGACUAUUUCAAUAUCGUCUGUAAAGUUGAACUGACCAAUUGACAGAUUUGUCUAAAUGCUCUUCACAGACUCCUCAAGAGUUUCACAGCCUCUCGUAGCAUAGCUGACUUGAUCGCAGAUAACCUCUAGUCUCCGAUAUGAUUAAGGAAUGUAUAUAUAUAUACAAACGUAUAUACUUAUAUAUUUCUCUCUCUCUCAACAACGCUUGGAUUUUAUUCAGCUUUUCCUCGAUGGAAAAUGUGACCUGGAGCAGGAGUUGCAACACAAUGGGGCGCAGGAUGGAACAGGUCCGAUUUAGACGCUAGAAUUGAUUAUCUUCAGGGAUGCCAGUGGGAAAAUUGACAAGUUGAGAAGAUGAAUGGUUCCUUCUGUUUUUCUGCCUCGUCCGAACGAGAGAAGACUAAGCUCUGUGAAAUAUUAGUCUUGAAAGGAAUUCCAUGAGUUUAAAUGUCUGGCAGUAAAGGUGGGUGCCAGAAGAUAUCCACAAAAGAGUUUUGGUUUGUGUUCUGACGCUCGAGAAAAAGGUGACGGUCUGUUACGAGAUAAAGGCGAGGAUGCAACCUGGGGAUGUGCUGCGGGUUUGUUUACUUUCUAUUAUCUUCGGUUUUAUCUUGGUGAAUGGUGAUGAAGGGAGUGACUUUCUGGAUUACAAAGAAGAACAGGCGCGUCGUAUUGCAGAAUCAGCAAUCGCCAAUUACUACAAGAAAUGCGAACUUGUUGGAACAUGCUCUGAGUCAUGUACCAGAGGCGGUUGCAGUCCGCGUUUGGACGAUUAUCUUCAAUGCACAAGCAUUUUGGAAAACAAACGAUGUUCAGAUACACCUUGCAACAACAUUCUUGUGAAUUUCAACCGAAGCUACGUAAGGUAUCCCAGGUAUGACUACACACCAUCUUCUGUGGAAUCGGUAUCAUCGGAAAUGCGCGACUCAAUAUGCAGUCAGCGAAUGCUCGACCCAUUGUUUUUGAAUCUCCUCGAGGAACAAAAAGAGAAGAAUGAGAAGAACUCCGAGGAUUACUACUUCAACUUUUACUUCGGAUCAAUCGACGGAACCUUUCGGUUUUAUCCUGGAUUGGAGGUCCAAGACUGUUAUGGAUACGAUCCGCGAAUACGACCAUGGUACAAUGGAGCCAUUUCGGUAAAGAAGGACAUUGUCGUGCUGCUGGACACGGGUGCUUCGAUGAAUGACAUCCAGGGCUACACCAUCGCUAUUUCAUCCAGAGAAAUAGCCGGAAUAUUGGCGAAAGACCUUCUCAAGACCCUUACAGCGAACGAUCGAGCCACGGUAAUGGGUUUCGACUCAAAUCAGACGAGUUUACUCAGCCAGAUUGACGUGCAAGGUACAGGAUUGAAUAUCUCCGAUUCUAAGUUUCAAGAUCAGCUGUUGCGCAUCAAUGAAACGACGGUUACACCUCCUUCCGGCCCUUCAAACUACACUGCAGGAUUGAUGAAGGCCGUCUCUACUUUCAGAGAUGCUUCUAACUCAUCGGAUGAUCUUAAGAUAAUUGUCCUAUUCACAGAUGGCAAAUCGACUGAUUUAUCUGAAGCUCAGCUAGCGACGGUUCUCGAGGAGUUCACGAAAAAGUCCAUCAGAUUGUUCAUUUACGAAAUUUCGGACAAGCCAGGUCUUCUAAAUGCGACUGCCUGUAUAUUACAGGCUUAUCAUCAAAACCUUGAUCCUAUCAAUGUUGUGCAGAACCCCCUCUACUCGCUGGAGACGUACUUCACGUUCUUGGCUGAUUCAAACGUACAGUCAGAGGGUUCGACCAAAGCCUUUUGGCAGAAAGUUUACGUUGAUUACGGAAAUCUCGGUGACAUUAUCACUGUUGCCUAUCCUGCCAUGUCAUCCGACGGACAUCUGAUUGGAGUCGCUGGAAUUGAUAUCCAAACCAACGGCCUAGAUGCAAUCCUCAAGAAAUCGAUAGAAGGAAGUUUGGGCGACAGAAGAAGCCAGAUUUCUGUUAACAAUAAGGGUGUAAAUUUUGAGAAUUGCACAGCGGUGACCAAAGGUCGUAAUGACUCAUGUGAAAGUGGCGUUUCGGCCCCUUUAUGUGUCCAAGACGAUACCAGAAGCAGCUACAAGGACUUGAUUUGUUGCGGCGAAUGUGCGCUUGAUGAGAACGGGGACUCUCAAGGAGUCGUCAUACCGGUGGUUGUCUCUCUUUUCUCGCUUUUGGCCUUGUCCGGAGGUGGACUUUUCCUUUACUUCAGGUUCUACAGGCCUCGGAGGAAGCAACCCUCUCUGGUAGACAUUGUCAAGGUUCCAAAAUUUUCUUACGAAACCCUCUCUCUGGCUACGAACAGAUUCAGCGAGUCGAAUCAACUUGGCCAUGGCACAUAUGGUGUAGUGUACAUAGGAACCUUGGAAACUGGGCUCAGAGUGGCCGUCAAGAAGCUGCACUUUAAGCCUGAUCAUGACUUCAAAGAUUUUGAAGCAGAGAUUAGGGUUUUAGCUACAGCAAAUCAUAACAAUCUAGUGGCACUCCAGGGCUUCUGUGUUGACCAGCAUUACAUCUUGGUUUAUGAACUCGUGGAGAAUGGAGAUCUAGACGACUGGCUGUUUGAAAAGCCAUUGAAAUCGGGCAAGGUGCUACCAUGGUCUCAGCGAGUAAAAAUUGCUAGAGGAACGGCAAAAGGCCUGGCGUAUCUUCAUGAAGAACUCCAGAACCAGCAAAAGGUAUGUCACUCAGACAUAAAGCCUGCCAACAUUCUUUUGGACAAUGAUUUCAACCCGAAGGUGGCAGACUUCGGAAUGGCAAAGCUGUACGACGGUGGCACUGAUUUGUAUGCCAACGGUGGAACUCUGGGAUAUAUGGCUCCUGAGGUUCUCAAUGGGGCAAUCGCAAGUACCACAACCGAUGUGUACAGCUAUGGGAUAGUGCUGUUAGAGAUGGUGACUGGGCGCAGGUUUUCAGAGUUCAAGACUCAAAAUCUUCGUCAUUGGGCAAAUACAAAAGUCGCGGAUGGGCAGGAAAGAAACCUUGUGGAUCCAAACUUGAAGGGUCUUGAAGAAGCUGACCAUGCCAUGGCCAAGACCUUACUUGGCAUCGCACUCCGCUGCACAACAAUCGAUCCAGACUCUAGACCUCAUAUGAGUGCUGUGGUGAAGAUGAUAGAGGGUUAUCUUCCAAUACCACCACUUAUACUGAAUGAACAACCUGACAAAGUGAGUCUAUCCUCUGAGUCUACCAGUCAAACUGGAGAAUCGUUUCGCUGGGAAGGAUCUUGGACCAUGUCUCAAGCAAUCUAUCGAUUCCAAGGCAAGGGAAAAGGAGGGAAACCAUCAGGGUAGUUAUCUCAAGUUCUCAAGCAACUAGGUGUGAUUGUCAACUAGUUUGCUCCCGUGUGGAAUGGAUGUCUCAAAUGCUCAGGCCCACUACACUCAGGGAGUACUGAUCCGCCUACAACAAUGCAGAUGGAAUAUCCCAGUUCAGACUUCCCAGGAUCGUCCUUAAUAGCGUAAUUUAUUGUACAAAAUAGACACCCAUCAGAGUAGAACUAGAAACAGUAGCGAAUCGGACAGACUGGCUGGUUAGUCAUUCAGUUUAUCAACGAUUACCUGCCUAUGUGGAUCCAAGCGGGAUCAUGGUUUCGGUCGAGACCAUAAACUCUUGCUGGCAGUCCCCUGCUCCUUUGAGCAUUGUAAAUCUACGACCCUUUGACGCUUAAUCUGAAGACAGAACAACUACUUCGUGACCAGGAUUCUUGAUGUUUACGACCACCCGAGACUUUUGCGCUUCUUGUGCUGGAUAAGGUCAUUCCUGAUCCUAGCCGCGCGAAUAAGAUGCUGUAAUUUCUUGGGUUCUCAGCUCGAGAGGUUGUAUUGCUAUCAGCUCACUGCGACUUUUCGACUAGCCCCACAGGUCCCUCUGAUAAGCAUCAAUAUCCCCACAGAGAGUGGAUGCAAAGGAGGUUCUCAGCCACAUUCAUCUGCCAUGAUAGAAAAGUCUCAGGCAACAGUAAGUGAAAGCCUUCACUCUACUAUCGCACAGUACCACUAUUUUCAUGAUCAAAUUAUCACGCGUGACCCAGUACAGGCAAGGAGUUGUGACGUUGUACAUUUACACAUGGGGAAUGUUCCUUGUGUAAUUCCAAUAUACACAGCGUGGAAUUUGAUAAUAUUAGAUAAAAAAUAUGGCCAAUCUUUGUACAGGUCAAAGUCCUUUAGCAAAGGCGUUGAACCGCAAACAUAGAACCAGAUUGUAGAAAUUCAGAUUCGGAUUCUAUGUAUCGUACUAGACGAUAUGGGUACCUUGUCCAUAAUAUUUGUUUAUCUGUUGUAGGCAUCAGCAGGAGAAAUCAUAAUGAUAGCAAUCUCAUAUGAAUUACUCUCCUACUCAAAGCUUUUGACAUAGAAUGCUAAGGUAUCUCAGUUGCAGUACAACUUAUCAUGCGUUGUGAUGCUUAUCAUAGCAUAUAUACCGAAUUGGUUUCAUCUGAAUACCAAUUGAUCGUGUCUUCGCAUCCAUUUCUUAUAUUUCUUAGUUGAUGGUCCUAUAUAUAGUUUUCUAGACCUCCGUACUUUCCC